AGUGUGGGCGGUGCCACAGCGAGAGGAGUCCACCAGAACCCAGCGGAGCUCCGAGUUCUGGUAGCAUCCUGUUUGGGUUCCGGUGUUUCUCUGGCGGUUCCCAGAUUCCACUUCCUAGAGCUGGGCAUGGCUGAGCAGUGAGCGCACACUGCCCCGCCAUAGAGGCACCUUCUAUAACACUGAGGUGUGAAAACUACUUGGGAAAAAAAAGCAUCCUAGAGGAAACCCUGGGUCUUCAAUAUCAGCAUGUAUUCUCAAAUUAUAAGGUGGAGAACCAAUGUUAAAUGUGUUACCAUCCACUUGUGAGAUGGCUUCCUUGCAAAGAAAAGGAUUACAAGCGAGGAUCCUCACUUCUGAAGAAAAAGAGAAACUGCAAAGUGAUCAAGCUUUGGUGUCUGAUUUUAAACAGCAAAAACUGGAAGAUGAGGCUCAGAAAAACUGGGACCUCUUUUACAAAAGAAAUAGUACCAAUUUUUUCAAAAAUAGACACUGGACCACCAGAGAAUUUGAAGAGCUAAAAUCAUGUAGGGAGUUUGAAGGUCAAAAAUUGACUAUUCUUGAAGCUGGUUGUGGAGUUGGAAACUGUUUAUUCCCUCUUUUAGAGGAAGAUUUGAAUAUCUUUGCCUAUGCCUGUGAUUUUUCUCCAAGAGCAGUCGAAUAUGUUAAGCAAAAUCCACUCUAUACUGCAGAAAAAUGCCAGGUAUUUCAGUGUGACCUCACUAAAGAUGACCUUCUGGGUCAUGUACCACGAGAGUCUGUUGACGUUGUCAUGUUGAUAUUUGUGCUUUCAGCUGUUCACCCUGAUAAAAUGCACCUUGUGUUACAAAACAUUUACAAGGUGUUGAAACCGGGGAAAAGUAUCUUGUUCCGUGACUAUGGGCUGUAUGAUCACACCAUGCUUAGGUUCAAAGCCAGCAGCAAACUUGGAGAAAACUUUUAUGUUAGACAAGAUGGAACCAGAUCAUAUUUUUUCACUGAGGAAUUCCUGGCUCAGCUCUUUGAGGGUGCAGGUUAUGAAGAAGUGGUAAAUGAGUAUGUCUUCCGGGAGACAGUGAACAAGAAAGAGGGCCUGUGUGUGCCCAGAGUUUUCCUCCAGAGCAAAUUUCGAAAACCGUAGGACCCCAGCCCAUGGCCUUGCAUCACCAGGUUGGCGAUUGUAUCUCCCCUUGAAGAGCAGAGUUUAAUAAGAGUCACUCUUUUUUUGGUUUGUGUUUAUGUUUUAAUUUUUAAAUGAGAAAGAGAAUUUUAUAUUUAAAAAGGAAGACUGUAUGUUUAUAUCAUGUAAGUGCAAAUAAAACUCAGGAGCCUGAAAGUAAGGAAA